CAGCACCAGCUUACUUUUUCCCUGCAUCUCUCUGGAAUAAUUUCUGGGAUAUUUUCCAAAUCAUCACAGAAAGCAGGAGGAAUGAACCGGCAGCUAGUGAAAAUUUUGACAACCUUGUUUGCGUUUUUCUUAGAGACAAACCACUUCAGGACGACUUUCUGUAAAGAACAUGAUUCAAGAUCUGGAAAAUCCCCCUCACAGACCCUGUCUCCUUCAGAUUUUUUGGACAAAUUGAUGGGAAGGACAUCGGGGUAUGAUGCUAGAAUCAGACCAAAUUUUAAAGGUCCUCCAGUAAACGUUACUUGCAAUAUUUUUAUCAACAGUUUUGGAUCAGUCACAGAAACCACAAUGGACUACAGAGUGAACAUUUUUUUGAGACAGCAGUGGAACGACUCACGUCUGGCUUACAGCGAAUAUCCCGAUGAUUCCCUGGAUUUGGAUCCCUCUAUGUUGGACUCUAUUUGGAAGCCAGAUUUAUUCUUUGCCAAUGAGAAGGGAGCAAACUUCCAUGAUGUUACAACAGACAAUAAGUUGCUGAGAAUUUCUAAAACUGGAAAAGUGCUGUACAGUAUCAG